AUGUUUUCAAGAAUUGUCUAAUUUAAAAUUUAUGGCAAAAUUGACGAAAAACUGUAUAAACUAAUUUCUUAAUUUAGAACCUAAAAAGUAUAUAAAAGCAUAAAAGAUACCAAAUUUAUCAAGCCAAAAUUAGUGACUCUUCAUGUACAUGGAGAAGGCUCAUUUGUUUAAUCUAAGAAUAUUGCCACUGCAAUAAGAAAUUAUGCAAAAUAUUAUAAAGUACCCUUAUACACAUUUGGAGAAGAUUUUGUAUUGAAUAGUUCUGUGUAUUUAAUGACUGUUGGAGAUAAAAACUUUGCUAGCGAAUAUUCUGUCAUUGGAGAUUUUGGAUAUGUGUAAAGAAGAUUAGGAUAUAAACAAUUAAUAGAAAAUUUGGGGAUGUAAUAUCAUAAGAUCAUAAUAAUUAGAGAACACAAGUUUAUUCAUAGCGGAGAAAAAAAAGUGAAAUUAAGUCCUUAUGAUGAUUUAAAAGAAGAAGAUGUUAAAUGGAUCGAAGGCCAAUUAAAACAUAGAGAAUCAAGAUUAAAAGAGGAGAUUAUGUAAAACAGAAACUAGAAAGUUGAUUAGGAAAUGUGGAAUUAAACUUUGCUCACUGGUUAAUAGGCAUUGAAAUAUGGUUUAGUUGAUGGAUUAGGAGUCUUUGAUGAUAUUAGAGAGUAAGAAUAUAAAGGAAUGAAGUCAUACGAUAUAUUGUCUAAUCUUUUGGAUUAUUAUGUUCCUGCCAAUGCAACAUUUUCUAGUUACUUAUCCAUUUGA